CACGUGCUUGCCCUAAGGAAAAUCACAAUUCUAACUUUCUUGACAUUUCGGCGCCGUCAGCCUCCAGAGCAACUACACCUGCCCUCGUCCAUCUUCUCGUCUUCACUCUCCCCAAGACGUCCCACACAUAAUCCUCCAAGAUGACCAAGCGAACGAAGAAGGUCGGCGUGACCGGUAAAUAUGGUGUCCGUUAUGGUGCCUCGCUCCGAAAGCAGGUGAAGAAGAUGGAAAUCACCCAGCACGCCAAGUACACCUGCACCUUCUGCGGCAAGACCACCGUCCGACGAAACGCUACCGGUAUCUGGGACUGCAAGUCUUGCAAGCGCACCGUUGCUGGUGGUGCUUACACCGUCUCCACCCCCGCUGCCGCCGCCAUGCGAUCGACCCUGCGACGACUGAGGGAGAUUGCUGAGGUUUAA